GUAACAGAAAAAGCGACCGAAGUGAGAGAAGUCUAUUUUCUUGUGCUUUUCGCUUUUUAUUUUCAAAUUUUGUUCUCGAAGCUUACACGUUUACUGCGAAACUCGAAUGUGUGUAGCUUCUGCCAAGUUCGUUUAUCGCUUCUAGAAAGUCUAAAUAAUUAUGGAACCGGAAACUGUGGAACUUGGUGACAAAAUUGUGGAAGGAAAGACGAAGAUUGUGUACAGCAUUGUGAAUAACUCCAGCCACGUGGUUCUCAAGUCCAAGGACUGUAUCACAGCGGGGGACGGCUUACGAGCUGACAAUCUAGAGGGGAAGGCUGCCAUUGCCACCUGUACAACGGUCGCCAUCUUCAAGUUACUCAGUGAUGCAGGCAUCAAGACACACUUUGUGAAGGAGUAUUCUGAUACAGCUUUUAUUGGGAACCGCUGUGCAAUGAUUCCGAUAGAAUGGGUCACAAGGAGAAUCGCCACUGGCUCCUUCUUAAGGAGAAAUCCAGGAGUGCAAGAAGGCUAUAGGUUUUGUCCUCCAAAAUUAGAAACAUUUUUCAAGGAUGAUGCCAACAAUGAUCCCCAGUGGUCACAUGAGCAGUGUAUUGCAGCCAAGUUGAAGAUUGGCGGAUUCCUGAUUGGCCCAGAUGAAAUCAGUAUUAUGAGCAGACUUGCUGUGACAGUGUUUGAAAUUCUCGAGCACUGCUGGGCCACGCUCAUUUGCACCCUUGUAGACAUGAAAAUAGAGUUUGGUGUUAUACCAGAAUCAGGUGAGAUUGUGGUGGCUGAUGUCAUAGACAGUGACUCGUGGAGACUGUGGCCGCUAGGUGACCGUCGACUGAUGAAGGACAAACAGGUGUACCGCGAGCUCAAACAGGUCACACCAGAAGCUCUGGAAAAUGUGAAACGCAACUUCCAGUGGGUUGCUAACAAAGUGCAGACAUUAAGUUCAAAACCGAAUUCCAGAGCUGUGAUUUUCAUGGGUUCUGCCAGUGACAUGCCCCAUGCAGAAAAGAUUAUUCAGGAGUGUAAAAGUCUGGGAGUGCCUUGUGAAAUCCGAGUGAUGUCUGCACACAAGGCCACUCAAGAAACACUCAACAUUUUGGCAGAGUAUGAAGGAGAAGGUAUUCCCACAGUGUUUAUUGCUGUGGCUGGCAGAAGCAAUGGACUGGGACCUGUUUUGUCUGGAAAUGCGUCCUGGCCCGUCAUCAACUGUCCUCCGAUUACUACCGACUGGGGUCCGCACGACAUCUGGUCAUCUCUUAGGUUACCCUCAGGUUUGGGCUGUUCCACAGUUAUCUCCCCUGAAGCAGCAGGUCUGCAGGCUGCCCAGAUCCUCGGACUGUCAAACCACCUCAUCUGGAAUAAACUGAGAGCCAGACAAACCAACACGUGGAUUUCCCUUAAAACCACCGACAAGAAGUUUAGAGAUGACAAAUAAAGUUAAACAUGUUAGACUGAAUUUAUGAAGCCUGUUUUUUUUAAAUGCUGGUGUUUAAGCAUUGUAAAUGUAUGCAGUUACAUGUGUGUUAGUCUAAAACAGCCUAUGUAAAUUCGGCCCAUAGUUUUUUAUACAUUUAUUUUGCUGUCUCGGAAUCAUGUCUGAAAUUUGAUUACGUCUCUUGAUGUAAGUUUUAAGUGAAGUUGGUAAGAAGCUUUGUAUUGUUGAAUGUCCUGAGUCAUAGAGUGAAUGGUUAUUGAACAGUUGCCUUGGGUAAACGUGGUUUGUGAAUAUAUAAAUAUUCAUUUUCACUGGAAAUAUUCAUUCUACAAGAUCACGUUGACAGUUAAUUCAAUAUCUAGUCCUUUGAAAUCUUGUUCUUACAGCUAGUGUCUUUUGUAUUCUAGUUACCCAAAAUAUGGCCAAAGUAGAAGAGAUAUUCUUAAAGCUUAAUUUUGUUACAUAAUUGAUAAUUACAAGUGCUAUGUUUUAAACAGCUAUUUUCAGUUUUGAAGCAUUCCUUGCUGGUGUCCACCACACAUUAACAUUCAGUUGAUGCUGGUAAUUGUAUUCUUGCUAUUGUUUUUCUUGUUCACAUCAAUGACUUGGUUUCUAUACAGUGUCAUCGUGAUCAAAUUCUUUAUAUACUGGUGCAAUGCAAUUGUAAUGAAAUAAUGACCAUUAAUAUUGUUUGUAAGAUAAUGACUUACUUUUUGUCAUGAGAUUAUUUGCAGAGAAACAUUAUGUAUUGAACAUGAUCGAUUGUUAAAUAAAUUUAUUUUCACACA